GAUGGGAAUCCGCGGACAAAUUUUCUUAUUCAUUUUCUUGUGACAAAAUCGUUUUCAUUUUAUAAGUUAUAACAAAACUCUUUAGUUUGUUGUUUUAACGAAGCAAUAUUCGCGAGUUUUUUGUAUCGUUUUUAGUUUGUUAUUUGUAGUUUUAUUUUACCGUUUUAUAUAGCACAAUAAAUUGUUUUUAUAACCAUGUUUUCUAGUGAUUCGUGAUGCAAAGUUCUAGUUGGAUUGAUCUAUAACAAUAAUUUUGAAGGUCGAGGAUAAAAUAUUCGUGGUUGUUUUUGUAUGUACUAGAAUGUCACGGCCUACAAUGCUGUAUUACGACGAUGAAGAUGAAGAAGGGUCUCCUGACAGCGUGGGCUUCAUUGAGGAGGAUCAUCCACUACAAUUGCAUGGCAACAGGGAAUUGGCGGCGCAGGCCGUCAAGCUGCUCCAAGUGCCGAGCAGGCCGGGUGAUGCGUCAUUUGCUUCAUCUACCACUGAUAUGGACGUGCCCAUUUAUGUUAGAGGAUCUUCAUCCAGAAGUCUUGGAAAUCGGCAUACACAUAUUAUCAUAUUGUGUAUUGUGUAUUGUACAUAUAACGUGAAUACUAGACAAAACGAUAUAUGACUGAAGUAACCACGCUCAUAUGAAUGUACUCAUUAUUCAUUAGUUGAUCGAACUACAAGGAAAGGAUAAACAAUUGUUUAAAUACAUAUAUUAUAGUUGGUAGGUACUUAUGUUGAUUUUUGUAUUA